AAAAAAAAAAAAAAAAAAUCCCCUCCGGCUGUAACUAUACUUUAUUAUGGCGGUCUCUAUUUCUACAUCCGUCGUCAAUAUCAACCCAUUGACAAUUCCAGAACUCCUAGUACAUUUGAGCGUGUAUGUCGAUUAUACAGACCUUCUGAACUGCAUCCAGGUGUCCAAGGCCUGGUACCAGGCCUUCAUACCCAUGGUUUGGGAUACCAUUAAACUUACUUUUCCGCUCGAAGUUUGGAAACCGAAAGGACUGGAAGGGUCUCCUGUAGAAAACGUGUAUAAGGAAGACGGCAAUGAUGAAGCUGUCAAUUUUAAACAGAAAGCUCUCCAGAAGCAUGCUCAUUUAGUCCGACAUAUCAUUUUCUCACAUGGAGUUGGUCCUGGCCACUCCAUGGUAUAUUAUCCUAACCUCUUAAGUUUAAGAGUCCUAAGGAUCUUAUCCAGUCAAGAAAACAUUCAUGCUCUCCUUACAAAGUUACAGGAUCAAACCCGAAACCAGAGUCAUGAUACUCUUGAUAGUCUGGAACAACCACAGAAACAGCAACAACAAUCCCUUCUUACUCACCUUGAACUUCGUGAUCAUGCGCAUGACUUUAUGUUUGGCGCCAAACUUGAUACUAUUCUCUUGAAUUUGAUGCUUGGCUUUCCAAAUCUGAAAGACUUGCGAUUGUACGAGCUGUCUAUCCACACAGCCGAGGAUAUGAUCCUUUUCAUGAAGUUAUGUGGGCAACUCGAGACCUUAGUACUAGUCAAAACAACGCUAAUGCCUCUCGACCAUCCCGACCAUCCCAACUUAAACUCUACAGUAACAACAGCCCUAUUUCCAAAGAUGAAAAAGAUGAGGAUUACGGUAGAACGGCGGAUGUCAGCACAUGACCAACUCGACUGGAUCAGUCGUUGCCCAUCCUUGACUAGUCUUCAAUGGUCCACAUCACGAUCUGUAGAACCGCUCCCAUUAUCAAAAUUCGGUCAGAGAUUAACCGAAGGGACCUGGCCACUUCUUCAAGAUCUUCAACUGACGAAUGUGAUAGCAUCGGAUGAAGUGUGGGCUGUUGUCAUCCAAGGCAUGACCCAUAUCCAGAAACUUUGUAUCCCGGACGCUCAAUUUGGUCCGCUGUCUAUGAAUGCACUUCGGCCUCAUUUUCCACAUCUUCAAUAUUUGAAUAUCACGGCCCAUAAACUCAUCACAGGCCCCUUCAUCCCAGAGAUUUUGGCUUCCUGCCCUCGAUUGGAGCAUCUGGAGGCCGAUCAUGUCUGGGGUGAAGAUAUUUUGGAGGGCAAACCAUGGGCAUGCACUUUGUCACUGAAGCACCUCGAGAUUUAUUUCGAACUUCCUGCACCACCAAUGACUUCCAAAACAAAAGAAAUCCAACUGAAUAUCUUUUCAAGGUUGGCUCAACUACAGAAUCUAGAGGUACUGGAUGUCGGCAACCGAGAACCAUUUUGGCCCUCAGCCCGUCGUGGAACUCUGGUGUUCCGGCUGGAAAAUGGUCUAGGAACACUAGCACCAAUUAGACGAUUAAGGCGGCUACAUGUGGGGAUGAGUCAUGAUCAAGAUAUGGGAAUAGAUGAAGUCCAAUGGAUGAUAGAACAUUGGAAAAACUUGAAGUUGCUCGACGGGAAAAUUAACGAGCAUUCUGAUGUGAAUGGCGAUGUUAGAGCAACCCUGGCGAACGCCGGUAUUCAAGUACUUCCGUAUUAAUAGCUGUAGAGUAAAUUAAUUAAACGUC